CAAUAAUAUACGCACUAUUACCAAAUAAAAAAGGUGAAACUUAUCGCAAAUUAUUUACAAUGUUGAUCGAUCUAAAUCCUAGAUUAUUACCAGAUUCAAUUUCUAUUGAUUUUGAAAUUGCUGCAAUUAGUGCAAUUAAAGAAGCGUUUCCUCAAGUAAACGUACAUGGAUGUUAUUAUCAUUUAACCAAAAAUUUUCGGAAAAAAAUGGGAGACAUAGGAAUGAUAUCAAAUUAUGACAAUGAUGCUAAUUUUUCUGUGAUGGUAAAAAUGAUAAUUUCAUUAGCAUUUGUACCAAUUGAACAUAUGGACGUGGCAACAGAUUUGCUUGCUGUUGAUUUAUCUGACGACAUUUUUCCGUUACUUGAAUGGUUCGAAGAAUACUUUAUAGGAAGAAAAAAUCGAAGAAAAGUAGGUCGUCGAUCACCACAAUUUCCUCCAGAAAUAUUGAAUUUAUAUCAAAGGGUGUUAACAAACCAAAACCGCACAAAUAAUCACGCUGAAGCUGCUAAUAGGCGUUUAAAUAUUCAAAUGGGGGUUACUAAUCCAACAAUAUGGUCAUUUAUAAAUUGCCUUAAAAAAAUCCAAACAGGAAGAGACGUUUUUUAUGAACAAUUAGUUACUGGUGGAAGUCCACCAAAAAAAAAAAAAAAUACAUUGACAAUGAUAAAAGAAUUUUAA